AUGGACGAGCUGAUGGAACAUAGACUAGGAGAAGAGAUACACAGGCAGAUUCAGGCUGCGGAAGGACUCGUGGAGCUGCGACGGACAGUGGGGAGUCUAAAAUCGGAGCAAAAUGGCCAAGAUCAGGACGCUCUAUUAUCUCCAGAAGAGAGAUCCCAGUUUGUUAAAACCAAGAGAGUUUAUUUCAAUCAUUUUUCAUCCAACUUCGAUGUGAGAAACUGCCAUCAAUCCACGUGCUGUCGUCAGUAUGGCAGGCGCCAUCCCAUACUGCUACAUAUAGAGAGAAUUCCAUCACAUGAAAGCUGUCGCGGCUCCGUUGCCGUCCACAAAGUCUGA